AGGACCGAGGUCCGGGCGACACACAAUCCGUCCAGAAAAAGCAAUCAAUAAAAGGACUUUGAAGUGAAGUUGAUGUUUCAUUUGGGAGCACUUCCCUCAACAUGAGGGCCGGUAACUGAUUUUUUUGGAUACUGAACACAGGCUGCCUGUUGCUGAACAUCCACUUCUCUCGGCGAACAGAACUGGGCGCAAUUACGCACGGCGAGCAAGCAUGGCACCGAUUUUGGAUAGACGUGCUCCGGCUUUGCUCUUGGUUUGGAGCUACUGCGUCCUGGCCGAUACCGCUUUUACGAACUUUACUCUGGACAAUGAGUUCCACUCCAGUUUUAUCCACCGUCGGCUUAAGAGCCAGGAGCGCAGAGAGAUGCAGCGGGAGAUCCUGUCGAUCUUGGGGCUGCCGCACCGGCCACGACCCCACCUCCACGGAAAGCACAACGCUGCCCCGAUGUUUAUGUUGGACUUGUACAACGCCAUGUCCACAGAGGGGGACGAGGACAGAUACUCCUACCCCUACAAGCCCGUCUUCACCACCCAGGGGCCCCCGAUAGCCAGCCUGCAGGACAACAACUUCUUGAACGAUGCAGACAUGGUCAUGAGCUUUGUGAAUUUAGUGGAGCACGACAAGGAGUUCCUACCAGUGCGGCGGCAUCAUCGAGAGUUCAGGUUCGAUCUGUCACGAAUCCCUGAGGGCGAGGCGGUCACUGCUGCUGAGUUUCGUAUAUAUAAAGACUUCAUCCACGAACGUUACGAUAACGAGACGUUCCGUAUCAGUGUCUAUCAGGUGUUGGAGGAACACUCUGACAGGGAGUCAGACCUGUUCCUGCUGGACUCAAGGGUGAUCUGGGCAGCAGAGGAGGGCUGGUUGGUAUUUGACGUGACGGCCACCAGUAACCACUGGGUCCUGAACCCUGGCAGAAACUUGGGCCUUCAGCUGGCCCUGGAGAGCACAAAUGGAGAGAGUAUCAAUCCUCGUGUGGCAGGCCUGAUUGGUCGCAGUGGGCCUCAGAAUAAACAGCCCUUCAUGGUGGCCUUCUUCAAAGCCACUGAGGUGCACCUGCGAAGCAUCCGCUCGGCGUCAGGGGGGGCCAAACAACGGAACUCCAACCGCUCCAAAGGGGCAAAGAGCCAAGAGGCACUCAGAGUGGCCAAUGUUGCAGAAAACAGCAGUACUGAUCAGAAGCAGGCGUGUAAGAAGCAUGAGCUCUACGUCAGUUUCCGAGACUUGGGGUGGCAGGACUGGAUCAUCGCUCCAGAAGGAUAUGCAGCAUAUUACUGCGAGGGAGAGUGUGCCUUCCCGCUGAACUCCUACAUGAACGCCACAAACCAUGCCAUUGUGCAAACCCUUGUUCAUUUCAUCAACCCAGAGACAGUCCCUAAGCCUUGCUGCGCCCCCACACAGCUCCACGCAAUCUCUGUGCUCUACUUCGAUGACAGCUCCAACGUCAUCCUCAAGAAAUACCGCAACAUGGUGGUCAGAGCUUGUGGCUGCCACUAAGACUGUCUUCACACGGACACAUGCGUACGCACACACUCAUGAGGGCUUUUCCCCCCUUUGCUGUCAUUUGAAACGUCAAGAACGGAUUGCAAAAUGUAGUAUGUGAAUUUUAUGGAUGUUUUCCGAGAAUCCGGGACAGCUUCCUGUGUGGAAUGAGCUCUUGUUUCAUUUUUCUAAGUUUUCCUGAAGUUAGUGUUGUUUUGUGUGGCCAAACCUAAAGCUGAACCAAUUUAAGACGUCUCGCCGCAAGAGCGCACAUACAUGCACUCACGUUUGUGCUUUCUACUGUGUAUACAAGACAUUUAAAGCAGUGAUUGUACUGUAUAUUCAUUCAGUCGACAAUCUUUUGUUUAUUUCAAUAAUUUUUAUAAUUAUUGUAGUUGAUUCUUUUCCUGUAGAUGCACCAGUCAGCCACAACAUUAAAACCACCUGCCUAGUAUUGUGUCGGCCGCCCUUUUGCCGACAAAACGGGACAUGGACACGACCCCUAUGUGGCACUGGGACGUAAGCAGCAGAUCCUUUGGGUCCUUGUUGUAAGGUGGCACCUUUGAGGAUCAGGGGUCUUCCCUCACAGACACUCAAUGGCUCGAGCUCUUUGUCGCAUUCUUUGAGCUUUUCCUUGAGCAGUUUUUGCAGUGUGGCGGCACGCAUUGUCCUGCAGGGGAGGACGAUGCCAUUAGGCAGAGUUGUUGCAACACACACACACAUACAAAUGCACAUACACACAUACAUAGAUAUAUAUAUAUGAGGCUGAGAAACGGGGAUGGAAUUUGUAUUUCUUCUAUGUACAAUACUGUGUAAAUAUUUUUUUCAAACAAAGCAAGUGUAUUUAUUUCCUGAAAUGUCACUUGGAUUUGUGUUUUUUUUUUUUUUUUUUUUUUUCCUGUAUGUAAUGCUGCCCCGUUUUCUUUCUCGGGAUAGUACACUCAAGGAAACGAGAAGAAAGUUGACAGAAAACUACUUUGACACGAGCACUGAGUGCAAACUCGGCACACCUCUGUUUGCCUCAUAAACCUGACCCAUUUUUCUAGCAACAAAUAACUGAGCUGUCAGAGAGAGCGAAGAAAGAGAGCGAGAAGAGGGGAAGCUUUGUAGGAAGCAUCUUGUUCUAUGUGCUCGACAUUUUCAGGUUUAUAUUUCUCUGCUGUAAUACAAUCUUUCAUAUUUAAAAGGUCUAUUUAUUGAGAGCUGGCUAAUCUGUUCAACAGUGGGCUCCAAUGUCGCAACUAUGUUUUACUGCUGAACUGGUACAAUAAACUGGGAGAAAAGCAACAAA